UCAAUCAUGUUGAAAUUGAGAGCAUUGGCACGCUAUCUUGAACGCGUUAAAAGCGAUGGAGUGCAAUCAAUUAUGAUCUUUAGCACUGAAGGAGUUCCUCUUACCCAGUGCGGAGCCGAUUUGAGUUCCUGCAAAACAACGGCUGCAAUUGUAUCCAAUGUUUGGAGUCUGUACCAACGUCAACUUGCUAUGAAUGAAUCUGCAAGUUUAAUCGAUACAAUGCAAGACGUUAUUGUUGAAAUGACUAACGCACGACUUGUUUUCACCAAAGUGGCCAAUUUUAUAAUAUGCCUGACCACCACAAAAGACAUGAAUCUUGGUUUGAUGCGUGCCAAGACCGCAAUUAUGCCCAAUUCAAGCAAGACCAGCGGUCGAAGUUCAAGAAGUUCUUCCCAUUCGACGACUGCAGAACCUCAGAAUUCUGUCACAGAGGAGAUUUCUUGCCCGAAAUCUUGGGGUCGUGGACCAGCUCCUUUUUCCAACGAACCUGCAGCUCUAAGGGCUUUGGAGGAAUGCGACUAUAGCAUUAAGAUUACCCUCGAUAUGGCGAAGACGGGCCAAGUACCGCGUAGAGUUCGAAUUUACGCUGAUGGAGUUUACGAUAUGUUCCAUUCUGGUCACGCUCGUCAACUCAUGCAAGCCUGCUCAGUGUUCCCCGAUACAUACCUCAUUGUUGGAGUAUCAAGUGAUCAGGACACCAAAUUCCACAAGGGCCAAACUGUGAUGAAUGAACAGGAGCGUUAUGAGGCUGUGCGUCAUUGUCGAUAUGUCGACGAAGUUGUGAAAGCCUGUCCCUGGGAAUGUACAAUUGACUUUCUCAAAUCAAUGAAGGUACUGCUUUCCCUUUUACUUACAUUGACAACAGGUGAAUUCUAUGGGGGUUCUCUUAGAAAUCCUUUUUAUUUACAGAUUGACUUUAUUGCUCACGAUGACAUUCCUUACGCAACUGAUGGUUCCAAAGAUCUUUAUCAGCCCUUCAAAGAUGCUGAUAUGCAAGUUGCUUAUCCCAUUGUUCUGCUUCAAUUUGUAGUGUUCCUAACCACCCAACGAACUGAAGGAAUUUCGACCACUGACGUGAUUGGACGCAUUCUGAAGGACUAUGACGGCUACCUCAGAAGAAAUAUUAGUCGAGGGCUAACUCGGCACGAUUUGAACAUUAGUUAUGUCAAGGAGAAGCAGUUACUCCUGGAAAACAAUCUACACACGAUUGCAGAAAAGGGUAGCCGUUUCCUAGAUGACAUUGGAAGUAGACGACGGCGAAUAGUAGCUAGCUUGGAAGAUCUCUAUCAGGAUUGCUCUGCAUCCUUUGUGAACUUCUUUGGAAACAGGGGUGCACUACGCCAUUGGCUCUCGGGAACCACACGGACCUUGCGUGGAGUGGUUGAACCAACAGAAAACAAGUCACGUUCCUCCAUCUCCCUCCCGCCCUCACCAAUCUCUAUUCUGGAUAAAGUCGAUAGUGAAUCAGAGGACGCUAAUGAUAGUAGUAGUGAAGGUGGCUACUGCCAUCGUACCUCUAGAUCGGCGGUGCGACGAAUAACAGGCGGUGCGCAAAAACGGAGCCGUCACAAUUAUGAUAACUCUGAAGGAGAUAGCGACUCAGGGAAACGCAGUCGACAUUGA